AUGGUCAUCGGAGAAUUCAUUGGGCGCAUGAAUUGGUCACUCCAACCCGACGGCAUCGAUCUCUUCCGAAUAGAUGGGAACAACUUCUACCCCGAACAAGAGGGAACAGAUGUCUUCGAAACCAAAUACCAGCCCAAUUGCGACGAGUACUACUUGCGCGUCGAGCAUCAGACUCUUUGCGCCCUGCCCAAAAGUCGUGCCAUCAUCUUCUGCGUACGCUCAUACAUGACUUCGCUUCAUAAUAUUCGGAGCGGGGGGGAAGGUCCCAAACUGGCCGAUGCGAUCGAAAGCAUGCAGAAAAGCUCGCAGAGUACAAGAUGCGCCAAUAUUGGGGAUCUGCUAUAUUGCCUUGGCUCCGUUCCUGAAGGGCCGAUUGAGCAUUGUAUUCUCUUUAGCAAAUCUGAGAUUGGGUUGGUCAGAAAUUUUUGUAGCCAUAGAGGAGCUCAAUCUAUGCCAGGUCGAUUACAGAGUCGAGAUGUUUUUUUGCAACUUCAAUCGUUCUCGCACGUAGUGUAA